UGCGCCCCGGCCUCCGCCGCGUCGGGAUGAGCCGCGCUUCCCCAUGGAGACCAAACGGGCCGAGAUCCCCAGCAGCGUCCUGGACGACCUAUGCAGCCGAUUUAUUUUGCACAUUCCAAGUGAAGAGAGAGACAAUGCAAUCAGAGUGUGUUUUCAGAUUGAACUUGCCCAUUGGUUUUAUUUGGAUUUCUACAUGCAAAACACACCAGGAUUACCUCAGUGUGGGAUAAGAGACUUUGCUAAAGCUGUCUUCAAUCACUGCCCCUUUUUACUGCCUCAAGGUGAAGAUGUACAAAAGGUUUUAGAUGAGUGGAAAGAAUACAAAAUGGGAGUGCCAACCUAUGGUGCAAUUAUCCUUGAUGAGACACUUGAAAAUGUUCUUUUGGUUCAGGGCUAUUUAGCAAAAUCUGGUUGGGGAUUUCCAAAAGGGAAAGUAAAUAAAGAAGAGGCACCUCAUGAUUGUGCUGCUAGAGAGGUGUUUGAAGAAACUGGGUUUGACAUAAAAGAUUAUAUCUGCAAAGAGGACUACAUUGAGCUGCGAAUCAAUGAUCAGUUAGCACGGCUGUAUAUCAUUCCUGGAGUUCCCAAGAACACGAAAUUCAACCCCAAAACUAGAAGGGAAAUUCGGAAUAUUGAGUGGUUUUCCAUCGACAAAUUACCAUGCCACAGAAAUGACAUGACCCCAAAGUCCAAGCUGGGUUUGGCACCUAACAAAUUUUUUAUGGCAAUUCCCUUCAUCAGGCCGUUGAGGGAAUGGAUUUCCCGAAGGAAUGGAGACUCCUCAGACAGUGACAAUGCUUUUUCAUCUGCAGGGAGCACACCCUCUAAGUCCAACUUGGAAAAAGCUAGAUCCAAACUUCGCUGUAAUCAGCAGGUGUUUACAGAUGGCUUUUCAGGAGAGCACUUGGUGAAGCCAAAACAGCCACAGAAGCCAUAUAAUCAUCCUGAGGUGUCUGAAGUUUUGAAAAUAAAGCAGAGUCAGAGCCUGAGGAACAAUGGCAGAAAGCAAAAUCAAGACACUUCCAGCCAAAAGAAGCGAGCAAAUGGACUACAUAGUCAACCAGUUAAGCAAAACCAUACCUUGAAAUGUGAAAAAAAGCUUAAUCCAAGAAGACUUCAAGAUAACUUUGAAACAGAAGCAGCAUUUGAGAUGUGUUGCUCCAGCGAAGACGCACUGACAGAACAUGUAGAUGGACAUUCUAUGGCAUGCAAUGGCCAUUACAAAUUUGCUUUUUCAUCAAGAGCUUUCUUGAGUUUCAAGUUUGACCAUGAUGCCAUAAUGAAAAGUUUUGACCUCUGACAGCAAACUUAUUAGUAAUAAGAAUCAGACUUGCCUGUUGCAAUUGAGGGGGUUUCUUAUCCAGCCUUACUCUUUCUCAGGAGUUUUUUAUUUUGUUCUGUUUGUUUGUUUUUAAAUGCAAUGCAGGGACUGACUGCUGUUUUGGAAGGGUUUGUUCUCUUUGCAGUAUGGGAGUGGCAUAGUCAAGUGUUGCACUUUAAAUGCAGUCUAGCCUUUGUCCACAAAAGUACCUUUCCAAUGUUCAGUUCACUAGUUCCUAGCUGUGCAUUAGAGGGCAUUCUUUUUACUUG